AUUUACUCGAGGAAGCUCACUCUGACUCGUGUGGCUGCAACCGGGCCAAGUCCCAUACGAUUGCCAAUCCGAUAGAUCUCACUAGCCGAGGGCAGUCCCAAUAUAAACGGUCUGUGUGUGGUGUCCAUCGUCCGGACCCAAUUGGACUUGUCAAACGUUAAUUUGUGGUGGGUUCGGAGUUGUCGCCGCAGUCCGUGGGAAGAGUCAUAGACCGUGUUUAUCCGCCUUUAAAGCUCCACAGCCGCCCUCGGCCCUUUUAUCGCGUUCUUCAGGUUUGCUUCCUACCAUUAUCCUUCACAGCCAGAGUUCGACUGUCCAUUACCCUGCAAUUAAUCGGUUUGAAGUGCUACUCAACACCGGCUUAGCCAUGAAGUCACUUCAAUUCGCUCGUCGCAGGGCGCUGCAAAGCCUCGUUGCGCCUCGUGUUUUCCAAAAUUCCGCAACGACCCAGAUAUGGAAGAGAUGCUUCAGUGCCACACCAGCUGCCGCCUCCCAACUAGCUGGUCUUGACCCUUCGAAACUUACGGUCUCGAAGACAAAUACUCCCAAAGAAUUGACGGCCCCGCAAGACCUGGUCUUUGGCAAGACAUUCACCGAUCAUAUGCUCUCUAUCGAAUGGACUGCAACCGAGGGUUGGCAGACUCCCCGUAUUGUUCCUUAUCAGAACCUCAGUCUCGACCCGUCGGCUUGUGUUUUCCACUAUGCGUUCGAGUGUUUUGAGGGAAUGAAGGCCUAUAAAGACAAAGAAGGUCAGAUCCGGUUGUUCCGCCCGAACAAGAACAUGGCGCGCUUGAACAAGUCUUCGUCACGCAUUGCUUUGCCCUCCUUUGACGGCGAGGCCCUCACCAAGCUUAUUGGAGAAUUUGUGAAGCUGGACAGCAGAUUCAUCCCCAGUGAGCGGGGUUACUCGUUGUAUUUACGGCCCACGAUGAUUGGAACUCAAAAGACUCUUGGUGUGGGACCUCCAGGCUCUGCUCUCCUGUUCGUGAUCGCAAGUCCCGUCGGGCCUUAUUACCCCACCGGCUUCAAGGCAAUCUCUUUGGAGGCCACCGACUAUGCCGUUCGAGCUUGGCCCGGCGGUGUUGGAGACAAGAAGUUGGGCGCCAACUACGCUCCUUGCGUCCUGCCUCAGCUAGAGGCCGCGUCCCGUGGCUUCCAGCAGAAUCUGUGGCUAUUUGGGGAGGAAGAAUAUAUUACCGAGGUUGGCACCAUGAAUCUUUUCGUUGCAUUGAAGAACAAGGAGACCGGACAGAAGGAAUUGGUCACUGCGCCUUUGGAUGGAACUAUUCUCGAGGGCGUUACCAGAGACUCUGUGCUUGCGCUGGCCAGGGAAAGACUGGUGCCUAAGGGCUGGACCAUCUCUGAGCGCAAGCUCAAGAUGUCCGAAGUUGCCGAGGCGGCCGAGGAGGGAAGAAUGAUCGAGGUGUUCGGUGCCGGUACUGCGGCUAUUGUGAGCCCUGUGCGAACAAUCAGCUACCGGGGUAAGUUGGUUGACUGCGGUCUGAAGGAGAACGAGGAAGCUGGUGAAAUUGCUCUCCAAAUGAAGAACUGGAUCGAGGGCAUCCAGUACGGUGAUGAGAGCCACCCUUGGAGCUAUGUCAUUUAAUUUCAAGAAGGAGGAGUUGGGAUUUAAGCGGCAUUUCCACGCCCGUACUGCUAAAGUUACAUGAUUGUCUUGUUGAUAGACGGAUAUGAAAACACCGGUCAUGUUCAGUUAAUUCUUGCUAUACGCCGAUUUUUCGGAGGUAAUAACUUUUGGCGCACACGAGCAUCACUUCAACGACGCAGUAUUUACCCUACUUCCUGCGGUUAGCGGCGACUGGCGUACUCAAAUGAUGGAGAAAGUAUUGAUUGGCAUCUUUGACAAACAGGGUUAUGAUAGAUGUGGUAGACCUAAACAAGACGGAGCCAACCACCCAAUGUCACCAAUUUGGGGCCGAAUGCACAACAUGCACAGCCGCCUGGCAAUGGAGAUUUAUAAUGAUAAGGAUGAUGAUGAUGUAUGCAAGGAGUUUGCAGAUUACGAUCCAUGGCCAACGCAACCGCCCGUCCCCUUGGAGAUUACUCG